UUGUAAAUAUGACAGAUGUGUCCACAUAUGACAACCUUUAACUUGGUUAUUUGCAUUCCACUUCCAAAGCAGAGAUAAAAAUGGAUAUAAUUCAAAACAGUGUUUUUGACACUAAAUACAAGACUGAAAAUCCCAGUGUAUUCAUUUUUAAUUAUUAAGUUGGGAAAUAAAAUACAAUAGCCUACAAAAUAAGAAGGCUUGAAAGAUUGGACAAACACUGAAUUGCACUUCUGUUCUAUCAACUUUGCGUUACCUAAACACAUGUGGAGCGAGGAUUUAAUGCGUAGCCUGUUAUUGUCUUUUUGUCAUCUUAAUCUUUAUUUUUUCUUCAUUAUGUUCUCAAAUAAUACACGUGACAAUGACACGGCGUUACAUUUGAAAUGAGGAAAAUGUGCUUGUAUUUUAUAUAUCUACAAUCAAAAAUCAAUUAAUGUGAUCCUGUGUGGUGUAUUUGGAGCGGCAGAAUCAUUUUAAUGCCCUCUGCCAGCUUGUAAAAUUCAAAUAAAAGAAUUGCGAGAUGUGUAACAACUCUGCAUGAGUUUGACUGCGAGUAUUUAUAGGAUGUAUCUGUUAAAGUUGUUCAUGUGGGUGUACUAGAGCAUAUUAUCUCAAAUAUAGGCUACGGUCUUUUAAAAAAAUCUUAUAGAAUAUCAUCUUCUUUUACGGAGCCAAUGGUUUCAACCUGCUGACCCCACUACAGUAAAUAUGAGUGGAGUUUAGCACUGAGCAUCAGUAUUUCUUUAAAACAAGCCUGUAAAAGAUGAACAUCACAUCUUUAUUUGACACUGAAUUCAACCGUAAUUUGUUUGAAAACAAUGGCGAAAACCACCCUCAUCUUCAAGGGGGAAGGAGUUUUUUCAUUGUACAGGGAAAAGGUGAUUUAUUUUUUAUUUUUUUUAUUUGUUUAUUUAUUUUUGUCAAUGUAAUAAAGAUUAAACGAGGCUAGGGACACUUCUAUAUAUUUCUAAACAGGAAAGUGAAAGAUCAGUUAAGAACCUUUGAGCUUGGGGAAAAGAAAAAAAUGGAUUUUACAUUUUUAAUAAGAUAUUUUAUAGUAUUUUAAAAAAGCAUAUAAAACCCGUUAUACAGAAGUUAAUGUUUUGUUUUGUCUGAAAUGGACCAAGUGGGUGGUACCUUCUAGUGUUCGAGUAAGCUCCGGCACGUGACGUGGAGAUGACCAAUCAGGUGCACCUCCAGGUUUAACUACGUUAAAUGUCAGAUUGCAAUAAACUAGAAGCUGUUGGUCUGGCCCGCGGAAAUGGGCGAGCAUAAUCUUCUUAAUCCUGGGUUUGUGGGACCUUUGGUAAACAUCCACACUGGAGACAGGUUUUACUUCCCGAAUUUUAGAGCCUCAGGGGGACAGCUGGCGGGGCUACCGUCUCUCUCGUACCCUAGAAGGGACAAUGUUUGCUCUCUCCCGUGGAAUCCAUCGGAGUCGUGCAAUGGAUAUCCUCAGUCUUACUUUAGCAGUCCCGUAUCCAUUAACCCCUCUUUUAAUCGAUCUUGUGAAAUAACCCGACUGGAGGAAAGCAAAUGUUAUUAUGGCAAUUCCAGCAACACCAGAGAGCCGUGUUCAGAGAGCAACAAUCUCAAACGAGAGGAGCGAGCGAGAGAUACAUCAGUAUCGUCUGAUCACGGGAUGCACAAUGGGAUGGGCAACAGUAACACCUUCUCAAAGUAUGAUUAUGGCACCGAACAUCUGACCCAAGACCCGCCAUCCUGUCAGUCGUUGGAGUCCGACUCCAGUUCUUCAGUGCUAAACGAAGGAGGAAAGACUUCAGCAGGCGAUCCACAAACCCUGAUAUCGCAAGGAAACCACGCAAGCAAUAUCGCCAGUGGAGGAGGUGCCCCGUGGUACCCGAUGCACACCCGGACCCGCAAGAAGCGAAAGCCCUAUUCCAAACUGCAGCUGGCCGAGCUUGAAGGAGAGUUCAUGCUGAACGAGUUCAUCACCCGGCAGCGACGCAGGGAGCUGUCUGACAGGCUCAAUCUCAGCGACCAACAGGUUAAAAUUUGGUUCCAAAAUCGGCGGAUGAAGAAAAAGAGACUGUUACUAAGGGAGCAGGCGUUGUCCUUCUUCUAAGGAGGCACACAUUAUACAUUGCUCAAUGCUAGUCCAACAGCAGUAUUUAGUCAAUGGGAAUCUGCCAUUGGCUCAUUUUACUCUGAAAGUCUUGCCCCAUGACGCAUUCAGAAAACGCGAAUAAGAGUUGAAACAUUUAUGGGUACGCGACCAAAUGAUAACUCCAAAAGUCUGCUUAUACUAUGUGGUCUAGUGUUUAUUUAAGAGGGUCUGUGCCCAGCAAUUGUGGGCAUGUACAUGGUAAUGCUUUAGUCUAAGUUUUGAAAGUAAAAAGCUGUCUAAGUCAUCUCUCACUUAAGUUACUUUGAGUAAUUAACUGCUAGUUAGAAAUUCAGACAAUUAUAAGCUGUGAGAUAGAAUUUCGGACAGUAAAAUGUUUUCUUAUCAGUCUUAACGAUAUUGAAAUGAUCGCUAAAUAUUUAUUGUCGGAGUGUUAAAAGAUCUUCUAAAAUGAUAACACACUCGUGCCAUGAUCAGUGUUCUAAGCUUAAAAAAAUGGACUGAAACUCCAUAUGUUGUCUCAACGAGAAUCCUUAACUGUUCGUAAUCUCAUUUUGCCAGUUAUCGCUAGGAAAGAGCCUUUCAAACUCAGUCCUCAACCAUAAGACGCGUUAAGCCAUCAAAGUGUUAUCUCCGUUCCGCAGUCAUCGCCACGUGUUCUAAGGCACGUUCACGGUCAAGUUAGUGACCCAACUCAUAUCUUGGGCCCUUGAGAACCAAACUGCAAUUACAGAACAGCUUUUAUGAAUAGACUUUGAUCUAGCCUGUGAAAUGUCAUUCUGACAAAUGUGAGGAGAUUACCUACUUCAACAACUAGAUAUUGGCCAAAGUGUAAAUUAGUAGGCCUGCAGCAAAGCCGCAAAAAACGCGACGUCCUGCUAAUAAAAUAUUUAUUCUUGAUAUAUCUAGUGAAAAACUUUAAACUCGUCCCCAUUAUAUUUGCAUUUUUACCAGCAUAAAUUUCCCAUUAACGAUAGCUCGUCCCUUGAUCUGCGUUAUUUGGACAUAUUCGCUUAGGUCUACUUAAUUAAUUCUCAACAACAAUGCUUCUGGGAGACAAAUGCAUGGUUAAGUAAUAUCAAGACGCGCAAUGAUAAAUUAAAACAAAAAGGAUUCAUCAAUUUAUAACUGUAAUGAAACUAGCAAUCAUACAGAACAGAAUAUCCCAAUAAUCACGAGCCUGUUUUGCUAAUUAGCGGGAACCAUUGUGUUAUUAGAAACAUUAUUUACUCAGAUCAUGGAUUAUAUGCCAGUGAAAUAGUUCAUAUUUGCUGCAUGAUGAUAAUGACUGUAGUUAGAAGGUAAAAAAGCAACAAAAAAAAUUGCGGCUAUUCUUUAUUUUAUUUUUUGUCAAAAGGCGCAUGUAUUAUUUUAAAACACCUUAGACUGAAAAUGACGUUUUAAUAUGGACACGUUACUGAAGUUUGUAUAAUCUAAAGUAGUUUAUUCGUUUGUAAGUAUUACUAUUAUUAUUAUUAAGUAUUAUUAUAUUAUUAUAAUUAAGUAUUAUUAUUAUAGCUAUCAUAAAGUAAUUUAGCAGAAGUCGGUGCUACAUUUUGUUUAUUUUGUGUUAUUGAUCUGACAGAUUGGUGACUGUCAUUUGCUUUAAACCCUAUUUUUGUGAAUCUAUAGAAAAUACAAUUAAAUGAAUGACAUCAACAACUAUAUAAAAAUUAUCGUCACAUGUCCCCCUCUUUAAAAUGUUUUGUGAAAUUGUCUCCGAUGUAUAAUUUUUUCUGUGUUGUUCUGUGUAAUUUUGUGAAUGCUCCACUGUCGCAUUCCUUUGUACCUUGCGAUUAAAAUGUCUUGUAAAUAAUGUUCAUGAAUGUAUCCAUAUAUGUGUAACCUACAGUUUCUGAUUAAUAAAGUCUUUAAACUUCA